AUGGCAGCCAAAGAAGAAGACCUGUAUGCCAAAGUGACCCCGCGCAGACAGCGCCAGAGCCGGCCCAGCACCAUCAAACACGGCUCCACUCUGGACGUGCUGCUGUCCAUGGGCUUCCCCAAGACCAGGGCAUUAAAAGCUCUGGUCUCAACUGGGGGAAAAAAUGUCCAAGCCGCUUGUGACUGGCUCUUCUCUCACGUGGAUGACCCGUUCCUGGAUGACCCUCUGCCUCGAGAGUACGUGCUGUACCUCCGACCAAGUGGCCCACUGCAGCAGCAGCUCUCUCACUUCUGGCAGCUGUCUCGAUCAUUGUGUGGGAAGAAUAAGGCACAUAACAUCUUUCCCCACAUCACCCUCUGCCAGUUCUUCAUGUGUCCAGAUGCAAAGGUGGAAGCCCUGGUGGAAGCCUUGCUGAGCACUGUGACUAAAUGGAAGGGGCGGAUCCCUGCACCUUUGCCUCUCGAGCUCUACACAUCCACUACAUUUCUGGGCCUUUUUGUGGAAGAGCAGGUUGCGGAGGUGCUGAAGAGUUUUGCAACUGAAUUUUCCACUGAAGCAGAAGCUAAAGCAGAUGUUCAUAUUGAACCACAUAAAAAGCAACUUCAUGUCACAUUGGCAUAUCACUUCCAAACAAAUCAUCUGCAAAUUUUGGAGAAGCUUGCCAAAGAAAUUGAUACAGCCUCAGGCAGUGACUGGUUAGCUGUGCUUUUCUCCAGAGACAUUCGUUUUGCAAAUCAUGAGACCCUUCAAGUGAUGUACCCCUACUUGCCUCAGAAUGAUGAUGAGUUAGAGCUGACGCCUGGAGACUUCAUCUUCAUGUCUCCAGUGGAGCAGAGCACUGCCAGUGAAGGCUGGGUUUACGGAACAUCCCUGGGCACAGGUCUGUCCGGUCUCCUGCCUGAAAACUACGUGAGCCGAGCAGAUGAGUCUGAUACCUGGGUCGUCCAUGGUUCUCACUCCAUCCACAAUUCUGCCUCUCAGCUGGCCUCUGGUAGGAAUGUGGGAGGAUUAUUAUUUGAUGGACCGAUAAAUGACAGUCUACUAGACAGCAUCAUUGAUACGCCGAGCCUUUCUGGCCUCUGUCCUCCAAUGCAGGUGCCACAGUCAGCUCCACAGUCUUGCCCAUCUAAGAGGCGGUUGUUUGUGUGUCGCCAUGGUGAGAGGAUGGAUGUGGUGUUUGGAAAACACUGGAUUACACAGUGUUUUGAUUCUAAAGGUCGUUACUUUCGUUCAAAUCUCAACAUGCCAUCCAGUUUACCAACCAGAAGUGGAAGUCAGAGAGACUAUGACAAAGAUUGUCCGAUCACAGUGUUUGGCUCAACACAGGCUCGACUUGUGGGUGAAGCCCUAUUGGAAAGCAACACAGUCAUAGACUUUGUUUACAGUUCCCCUUCUCUUCGCUGCAUUCAGACUGCUCAGCACAUUCUUAAGGGUCUCCAACAGGAUGAAAAGGUAAAAAUUCGUGUGGAGCCUGGAUUGUUUGAAUGGACCAAGUGGGUUUCAGGUACAUGUUUACCCUCCUGGAUCCCUCCCACUGAACUGGCAGCUGCUAAUGUCAAUUUGGAUACAACAUACAGACCUCAUUUCCCAGUUAGCAAGUUAAUCGCGUCUGAGUCCUAUGAUACAUACAUCAGCCGGAGCUUCCAAGUUACCCGUGAGAUUCUGUCUGAGUGCAGAAACCAUGGGAGCACAGUCUUGAUUGUUGCCCAUGCUUCUUCCCUGGAGGCUUGCACUCGCCAGAUACAAGGUCUAAGCCCUCAAAACUCCAAAGAUUUUGUUCAAGUUGUUCGAAAGAUUCCUUACUUGGGGUUUUGUGCUUGUGAAGAGUUGGGAGAAUCAGGUGUGUGGCAGCUGGUGAACCCGCCCAUUUUGCCACUGACACACGGACCUAAUCACAGCUUCAACUGGAGGGAAAUUCUGAUGCAGGAAUGA